AUGGCCUCCGGGGACGAGACCCGCGUGGCGAUCGUCGGCGGGGGCGUCGCGGGUAUCGCGUGCGCGCAAUCUCUCGUCGCGAACGGAUUCGGGAAGCGAGUGGACAUCUACGAUCAGGGUUCCCGCGGGCCCGGAGGGAGGACGUCGUCGUCCAGGCCGGUCGAGGUCAACGGCGAGACGAUGGCUUUCGACCACGGCGCGCAGUUCUUCACCGCGAAUGAUCCGAAGUUCAAGGCCGUGUGCGAGGAGCUCAAGGCUAAAGGGUACGUCGCGCGCUGGGACGGCGUCUUCGGCACCCUCAACGCCUUCGACGGCGUGUUCAUCCCCAAGCGCCGGGUCGAAACCAUGGGACCCCCGCGGCAGGACUUCUUCAAGCUGCUCACCGCCGACGAGGUGCUCGUGGGGGUGCCCACGAAUCAAGCGAUCUGCGAGGGCUUACGCGCGCUCGCGGGCGACGACGUGACCGCCCACUGGCACACCACCGUCACCGGCCUCGACCUCGAUGCCUCCGGAAAGACCUGGUCCCUGUCCGGCGUGAACAAGCGGCGGCUCGACGAGGGCCGCGCGGGGUCCAAGGAAAAGAGACUGAGCGGACGCAACGCCGCGGUGGUCGUGUGCGACGUGAUGGCGGCGAGGGAGGGAACCCCGGGCACGUGCGCAGUGCGCGGUUUGCCGGAGCGGGGCGACGCCGCGAACACGUGGCGGGCAUUCGCCAAGGUGCCCGAGCGCGUCGGUCUCUUUUCGUGCAUGCUGGCGUUUGACGCGUCGGCACCCAAACCGGAAUUUGACGCGGCCGUGGUCACCGGCUCGCACACGAUCGGUCUGCUGGUCAGGGACUCGUCCAAGCCCGGACGUGUAAAGCGGAAGGACGGGCUGGAGCGAUGGGUGGCGAUCACCACGACCAAGUACGCCGAGGAGACCAUCGCGUCCGCGCCGCUCACCGUCGACGGCGAGUACAAUCCCCAGACGGCCGAGUACUUCGCGAAGAUCGAGCCGGCGAUCGUGGCGGAGGCCAGGAGGGUCCUCGGGGUGGCUUGCGGCGACGACGACGGCGAGUACCCGGCCCCUGUACACGCCAAGUGUCAGCGGUGGGGCGCCGCGUACCACUCGGGCGCGAUCGGCGAGAAUUACCACGGAGUACCCGGUACGGGCGGCGUGUGUUUCUUCGACAUGGACGCCGGGUUCGGGAUGGCUGGGGACUUCAUCCAGGGGCCCGGGGUGGAGGCGGCGUGGUUGAGCGGGGAGGCGGCGGGACGGGCGACGGUGCGAAAGCUGAAGGCUAAGCUGUGA